CCCACAUCGCUGGUAUGUGUGGCACCACAAAACUCGACGAGCAGCAUUCCCAGCUCAGAGCUCCCGAGUCUCCUCUACAAAGUCUAGACACACGGUGUACAACACCCACUGGUGAUAUUUUACCCUGAGAAGCAGUCAGUUUGUCCUUCUCAGUUGAUCACCACCUCCUCUCAUCAGCACUUGAUCGUAAUCCCAACCCCCAUCUCUCAUACUCUCAUUUCGGCGUUCGAUACAAAGGUUGGAGCUGCAGAGGCCUGAGGCAUCGGUCAUUUCGUUUUCUAGAGAAGUGGGUUCAGUUUGUUUGUAAGGAGGUGCAAUCUGCAGCAGCCGCAAUGGCCAUUCCGUGGAGUAGCGUGGUGUUGGUGACUCUUGUUUCAUUGAUGGCCUGCGCUGAGGCCAAGGGGAGCAGCUUCAUGGGCAGCGACUGGGGGAGAGCCCAUGCCACUUUCUAUGGUGGAGCUGACGCUUCUGGUACUCAAGGUGGAGCUUGUGGAUACGGAAAUCUCUACAGCACUGGCUACGGAACAAACACAGCCGCACUGAGUUCUUCGUUGUUCAACUCCGGCCUCAGCUGCGGAGCCUGUUACGAGCUCACGUGCGAUCCAUCCGGUUCUCAGUACUGCCUCCCAGGUGGUUCCGCUAUCAUCACUGCAACAAACUUCUGUCCUACCGGUUCUAACGGAGGCUGGUGCAAUCCACCCAAGCAGCACUUUGAUUUGGCACAACCUGUCUUUAGCAAGAUAGCUCGCACAGUGGGCGGCGUAAUCCCUAUCAAUUACAGAAGAGUGCCCUGCUCCAAGUCUGGAGGCAUGAGGUUCACCGUGAAUGGAAACCCCUACUUUCUGCUGGUGCUCGUCACAAACGUCGGAGGGGCUGGUGAUGUCCAGCAAUUGUACAUCAAGGGUGCCAGCACUGGCUGGCUACCCUUGAAGCGCAACUGGGGGCAGAUGUGGCAGUUUACCGGCAACAGUGGCAUGCAUGGCCAAGCCAUCUCCUUCAAGGCUGUCACCAGCGAUGGCGCUGAGGCCAUAUCCCCAAAUGUAGCUCCAGCCAACUGGGGCUUCGGACAGACUUUCGAGGGCUCCAACUUUUGAAUACAUUGAUAACCGGCCAAUCAUCGCAGUGAUACCAUUUUGAGAUGAUCCGGCAUUGCUGAGGCGUUCGAUAGACCGACCGCCCGCUUCUACAAAGUGUCAAGUCUGCCCUCCGAACUUCGUCUAAGAUAUUCAGUCUCCGUAUUUGGAUGUGGUGAGUGAUCUGCACGUGACCACCUUUGCUUGUAACAGCCCUUACCGAUUGGGCUGGAGGCGAAGAUGCAGAGAGCACAUAGAGGAUGCCGAGGUGUGUGCAUAUAUACAGGUCCGUGUGUCAAUGGUUUUUCAUUACACCACCCGCUCCAGCUUCCACGCAUUGUACUAUUCACUGACGACGUUCGCGAUCCUUACAUACGUUAAGUUCCACAUGAUUUUGAUCCCUUGAGAGCUUGGGCUCGGAGAGAUGAACCUGCUGUAGGUAGUGAUUAGUUCAGUUUACUGUCCCGAGUCUUCGGCUCCACAAGUCUCCAUUAAAUUUGAGGUGUGCCCAGGUGGUCAUAUAUAUAUAUAGAUAUAGGGAUAAAUCGUAGUGCUUCGUUAAUUGACCACCUGAACCAGCUCAUCUGAUCUCUCCAGUUAAUAAAAAGUAAGUCGUGCACAAGCGCAUUUGCUUGCUUGCUUGUAUUAAUUUAUAACGCUUUUGCUAUCCUGUGUGUAAUGCCCUCGAUAGGUCUUCUACCCUAAAAUUUUUAUUAGUAACUUAGCUAUAGUGGAACUCCCACAUGAUAAUCUCAAUUGGGCACUUGAAAUGUACCUACGGGUUAAGUAAUAUGAAGGAUGAUAUUUGCAUCCCAGGUCAGCUUUGAAA